AUGUUCUCCGCUACUCGUCUCCACGUCUUUGUUUGCAUCGCGCUCGGUAUCUCCGUCAGCGCUGCUCCCGCUGGUGCUCCGGGAUCCAACAUCGAUGCUCGUUCUCCGGACACCUACGACCUCAGCGGUGGUCUCGUCAGCCUUCUCCUUGGCGUUGAAGGCGAAGGCUACAGCGGAAACAGCGACGAAGACACCUACAUCCUCAAGCGCCAGCAGGCUGGCCUUGACACUAUCUCUAGACUCGGCGCGAACAUGGGCGUCCAGCAUGCCGCAGCCCUCGCCGCCGGCGCUGGCCUCACCACCGGCGCAACCAUCCCGAAGCGUGAUAUAUACGACCUCACAGGCGGUAUCGGCGCACUCAUUCUCGGUGCUGAUGGCUUUGAGGGAGAGGGCGGCGCGGAUUCAGACGAGUACAUUCUUAAGCGCCAGCUCGCUCAGGUCGCCGAUCUCAAUAUUGGAGGCGGUCUGCUCACCAACUUGGGCAUCCAGCAAGCCGUUCGCCCCGGUGCUUCCUCCGGGAACAUCGUCCCCGAGGGCAUCGUCGGCAAGCGCGACACCUACGACCUGACGGGCGGCAUCGGCGCGCUCUUGUUCGGCUAUCCUGAGGGGUAUGCCGGUGAAGGCGACGAAGACACGUACAUCCUCAAGCGCCAGCUUCCCGCCACCGCCGGCGUCGGCUCCCUCCUGGGUUCGAACAUGGGCAUCCAACACGCUGUUCCGCUCGCCGAAGCUGGCCUUGGCCUUGGCGCCAGCGUCUCCCAGCGCGAUCUGUAUGACACUACCGGCGGCAUCGGCGCCCUCCUCUUUGGCGGCGGCGAAGGCUACGGUGGCGAUGAGGACGAGGAUACGUACAUUCUCAAGCGCGACGAGUCCGCGGUCGAGGCGCGUUCUCCGGACCUCUACGAUCUCACUGGUGGAAUUGGCGCGUUGAUCUUUGGUGCCGAAGGCGAGGGUUACGACGGUGCGAACGGCGACGAGGACACGUACAUCCUUAAGCGCGAUGAGUCUGAGGUUGAGGCGCGGUCUCCGGACCUCUAUGAUCUCACAGGUGGACUUGGCGCGUUGAUCUUCGGCGCCGAGGGUGAGGGCUACGGUGGGGACGCCGACGAGGAUACCUACAUUCUGAAGCGCCAGCUUGGGGAUGCUGCCUCGCUUCUUGGUGGCCAUGGCGGGUCCGCGGCUGCUGGUGCUGCCGAUGGCUUGAGCACGGGUGCUCUGCCCAGUGUUGGUGGCGGUGUUGGGUUGGCUUCGGGUGUUGGUCUUGGGCUUUGA